AUGCGGCCUUUUGAGUACGCUAUUCCUCCUGGAAGCUUGGUCUUAGUGACUGGAGCCAACGGAUACAUUGCAUCACACAUUGUCAACGAACUACUUGAGCUAGGAUUCAAAGUUCGUGGCACAGUUAGGGAGGAAAAGCCUUGGAUAGAUCGCUUUUUCGAGGAAAAAUAUGGCAAAGGCAGAUUUGAGAGCAUCGUCGUACGCGCAAUGGAAGAUGAUAAAGCUUUUGCCCUUGCCGCAGCAGGGACAAGCGGAGUUAUUCAUGUGGCCUCAGAUGGUAGUUUCGCCAAUGAGCCUGACAGGGUUAUACCAACCGUCAAAAACGGCACGAUUCAUGCUCUUCAGGCGGCUAGCCAAAGUUCAGUGAAGCGUUUUGUACUUACAUCAUCGUCUGUGGCGGCAAUUAUCCCUGAGACAAACAAGAAGGGAGUCACUAUCGAUGAGAGUACAUGGAAUGAUGCAGUGAUCGAACUUGCAUGGAGCGGCACGGCACCGGAGAAUGCCAAAGGGUAUAUUGUAUACUCGGCUUCAAAAACUGAGGGCGAACGUACUGCAUGGAACUGGGUUAAAGAGAAUAAACCUAGCUUUACACUGAAUACGGUUUUGCCAAAUUGCAAUGUAAAGUAUUUCGUCGAUGUAAGGGAUACUGCUCGUCUCCAUGUGGCUGCGCUACUUGAUCCGAAAAUUAAGGAAGAACGGAUAUUUGCUUUUGCACAAGAAUAUAAUUGGACGGAUGUACUUAAUAUUUUGCGAAAACUACGCCCUAACCGACAAUUCCCUCUCAAUCCAGAGAAUGAGGGCCGCGAUUACACCCAAGUCGCCCCGAGAGAUAAAGCUAAGAAGAUUCUACAGGACUUUUUCGGUCAGCCAGACUGGGUGUCUCUGGAGGAGAGCUUGGCUGCCGGUAUUGAAGAUCUUCAGUGA